AUGAUAUGCAUUGGAGGCGUUUGCAUUCCUUAUGCCGCUAUGAUACCAAUGCUAAUCAACUUUUUCCGUUAUCUGCGUACAUUAUUUUGGACUCGUGUCGGCCGUUGA